GUUUGCUUUAAUUUUGCAAAAACUUCUGUGAAUUUUUUUAAUCACAUCAAGUCUUUACUUCUUAGUAUCAAAUACAUACACACGCGUGAAAAAAUAUAAAAAUUUUCCCAUGCCUGUAAAUAAAAUUGAUCAAAAAAUACAUCGAAUGAAUUAUUUUUUGUCAAAAAAUUUUUUUAUUAAUCAAGAAAAGUUAUUUAAAUAAAAUCUUCUCUUUAAAAUGGAGGAAGUUGAUAAUAUUAUUAUUCAUACAUUGAAACAAAUUGGUUGUGACAUCGAUGAUAAUAUCACAAAUAUGGGCGGAUUCAGUACAGAAUUGGUGGUAGAAGCUACUGUAAGAUGUUUAGAAAUAAUUCGCCCAGGCCUAGAAUUAUCAAGAUCGUUUCCCGAGAAUAUGGCAGCUAAAUUUCGAAUGGCUUCAAAUCUUGCUCAAAUUUGUUCAGAGCUUGGAUAUCGUGGAGAUAUUGGGAUCCAAACUUUCCUUUAUAGCUCAGAAGCAGACUUAAGAAGAGUUUUCAUGUUUUUAUUAGAAAAAUUACCAAAAGAAAGUGAUAAAGAAGUACAUGAAACAUUAAGUAAACUUGAGGAAUUGGAAAGAUCAAUUGCUGGUAUUCUUGCAGUGCAAUUAAGCAAACCUUGGUUGCCUCAUUAUUGUCAUAAGUCAUCGAGUGGAGGAUACACAAAGAUGCCUUAUACCUCUGUGAAGCUUGAAGAAACUUUAAUAGAUACUAAAGACGAAACCUUAAAUGAAUAUCAAACAAGAUACCAACCAUCAAUAUGCGAUCAGCUGACAAAUCCAGAGACACUUUUGCCUUCAAUUAUUUCUCAUCAAGCUAGACUUUUACAUUCCAAACCGCUAGAUCUGUCAGAACGAAUAAAAUUCCUGAAUGAUUUUAAAAAAUCAGAAGAUAAUAAUAAACAAACAAUUAGUUUUAAUGAAACAAGACUGAUGAGUAGGUUCUUAUUAAAUGAAAGACUUGAAAGUACUCCAGAACCCUCCAAAAGUGAAGAAAAAAAUACAAAUGAGGAAGAAGUAUCAAAAUUAUCAUCUGAUAUAUCAAAAUUAGCUGUAGAAACGUCUGAAGAGAAUAAAGAAGAAAUGGAGAAUGUAAAAAUUGAACAAAUGAAAACAGAUUGCGAGAAUUUACGCAGUCAAAUUGAAGUCUUACAAAGUGAGAUAAAACAAUUAUCAGUAGAGUUGACAGAAAAAAUGGCUCAACAACAAGAAGAACAGAAGAAAAUGCAAGAGUUAGAAACUGAAAGAAAUAUUGAUGCUAAAAUAUAUGAAUUAAUGAAAGACCCAGAUAAUAGUGUAGAAAAGUUAGAGGAAGCAGUUGAAGCUGAAAAAAAUAAACUUAUUAAUUUAGCAACUCAAUGGGAAAAACAUCGUGUUCCCUUAAUAAAACAGUAUAGAGAUGAAAGAGAAAAAUAUUUUGCCAAAACUAGUACAAGUCAAAAAAAAUUAGACGAAUUACGUCAGUUAAGAGAAAAAGAAAAAGAAUUACUAGAAGAAUGUCAACAAAAAGACCAGCAAUAUUACCAAUUAAUGUCUGAAGUAGCAAAACUUCCCAAAGAUGUUAAUAGAUCUGCUUAUACUCAAAGAAUAUUAGAGAUAAUUAAUAAUGUACGUAAACAAAAGGAUGAAAUAAAUAAAGUUUUGGGAGAUACUCGAGAAAUACAAAAAGAAAUAAAUGUUUUGACUGGAAAAUUAGAAAGAUCGUUCACCGUUGUUGAUGAAAUGAUUUUCAGAGAUGCUAAAAAUAAUGAAGCUUCUCGAAAAGCGUACAAAUUAUUGGCAACAUUACAUUCUGAUUGUAGUGAGCUUGUCAAAUUAGUAGAAGAAACAGGAGCAACUAUGCGAGAGAUUCGUGAUUUAGAAGAACAAAUUGAUGCAGAAUCUGCGAAGAACAUUGAAGCGAAUUUAGAAAGAAUUACUGCAGAUUUAGAACAAAUGAGACAAGAGACUGCAUCAUUAACAGCACAACUAGCCAAUAAAAAAUUAUGAUUAGUCACUAAAAAAUUAUUAACGGCUCAUAUUGUUAUUAGAAGUUGCCGAAAUAUUUAAAAUAUCUCAUAAAAAUAUUUAUCUCAAAAUAAGAGAGGAUCAAAAUAAUACAUCACAAAUAAUAAACAUAGCCAAUGAUGCUAAUUUAAAACUUUUUUUAAACUUGUUAUAUAGAAUAAAUGCAAUCACAUAAAAUCAUGUCAAGGUAUA